AUGUCCCAUAAAGUGGGCCAAGAGAUAGAAGUGAGACCUGGCAUUGUUUCUAAAGACAGUGCAGGGAAGCUUAUGUGUAAGCCAAUCUUUUCCAAGAUUGUAUCGCUUUUUGCAGAACACAAUGAUCUUCAGUAUGCUGCUCCAGGUGGUCUUAUUGGAGUUGGGACAAAAAUUGACCCAACAUUAUGCAGAGCAGAUAGAAUGGUUGGGCAAGUCCUUGGUGCUGUUGGAGCAUUACCUGAGAUAUUCACAGAAUUAGAAAUUUCCUACUUCCUACUGAGACGGCUCCUAGGUGUACGUACAGAAGGAGAUAAAAAAGCAGCAAAGGUUCAAAAGCUAUCCAAGAAUGAAGUACUCAUGGUGAACAUAGGGUCGUUGUCUACAGGAGGCAGAGUUAGUGCAGUCAAGGCAGAUUUGGGUAAAAUUGUUCUCACCAAUCCUGUAUGCACAGAAGUAGGAGAAAAAAUUGCUCUUAGCCGACGAGUUGAGAAACAAUGGCGGUAA